CGCAGCUUCUUGACUCGCUAUAUAAAGGGGAGAAGCGGGCGGACCGGACGGCUGGAGCUGCAGCCGGUGGCGGCAGCGGCGGCGCGGGGAGCGGCGACCGGUGGUGGUUCCCCUCCUUCGCGCGGGGUGGGGAGCGGGCAACGCCCCCGGACCCCCGAAGGGUCGUGGCUUUUUUUUUGAAAGGCGAUUCUUGAGGUUUUUAGCUCCGGGAAGAGUGCCCCCUCCUCCUCUUCACCGCUCCCCUCUCUACUCCUUAAGGAUCCGAUUUUAAAUUUUUCCCCAAUCGUGUGGUGGCUUGGGUCACCCUCCGGGUGUUUUGGUUUUGUUUUUUCUUUUUUGGUUUUGUUUUUAUCUUGUUUUCUUGGGGUUCCCCCCUCUUGUUUGUGUUGUGUGUGGAAAUGGCGAACUCGGCAAACACAAACACCGUGCCUAAAUUAUAUAGAUCUGUGAUUGAAGAUGUUAUUAAUGAUGUGAGAGACAUAUUUCUGGAUGAUGGAGUAGAUGAACAAGUCCUGAUGGAAUUAAAAACUUUGUGGGAGAACAAGCUAAUGCAGUCCAGGGCAGUAGAUGGAUUUCAUUCUGAAGAGCAGCAGCUUUUACUGCAAGUCCAACAGCAGCAUCAACCCCAGCAGCAGCAGCACCACCACCACCACCACCACCAACAAGCUCCACCACAGCAGACAGUGCCACAGCAAACACAGACCCAGCAGGUCCUUAUUCCUGCAUCGCAACAGGCCGCAGCACCACAAGUUAUUGUUCCUGAUUCUAAGCUAAUACAACAUAUGAAUGCAUCAAACAUGAGUGCUGCUGCUACUGCUGCUACCUUGGCACUCCCUGCAGGUGUAACUCCUGUUCAACAGAUAUUAACAAAUUCAGGCCAGCUUCUUCAGGUGGUCAGAGCAGCCAAUGGUGCCCAGUAUAUUUUUCAACCUCAGCAGUCAGUGGUUCUACAACAGCAGGUUAUACCACAAAUGCAGCCUGGUGGAGUGCAGGCUCCUGUUAUACAACAGGUACUGGCCCCUCUUCCUGGAGGAAUUUCACCACAGACCGGUGUCAUCAUCCAGCCUCAGCAAAUCUUAUUCACAGGAAACAAGACUCAAGUUAUACCUACAACAGUGGCAGCACCUACACCAGCACAAGCGCAGAUAACAGCAACUGGCCAGCAGCAACCCCAGGCUCAGCCUGCUCAACCACAGGCUCCAUUGGUGUUACAAGUUGAUGGAACAGGGGAUACAUCAUCUGAAGAAGAUGAAGAUGAAGAAGAAGAUUAUGAUGAUGAUGAAGAGGAAGACAAAGAGAAAGAUGGAGCUGAAGAUGGGCAGGUGGAAGAAGAGCCUCUCAAUAGUGAAGAUGAUGUGAGUGAUGAGGAAGGACAGGAACUCUUUGAUACAGAAAAUGUUGUUGUAUGCCAGUAUGAUAAGAUACACAGAAGUAAAAACAAAUGGAAAUUUCAUCUCAAGGAUGGCAUUAUGAAUCUUAAUGGAAGAGAUUAUAUAUUUUCCAAAGCCAUUGGAGAUGCAGAAUGGUGAAGAGUUGCUUUUUUUCUUUUAUAAAUAAAACAAAACAAACUUCUUAAAAAAAUUGAAGUGGACAGUUUGAAACUUGGGACAUACACCAACCAAAACUUAAUUUCUGCAUGUCAGAAAAGUGCCGUAGAAGC